UUCACAAGUUUCACUGAGUAACAAGCGAGGAGAGAAAUAAUAUUUUUGAAAAUGUCUUUAAUUUUUCUUUUAUUUAAUAUUAUCAAUAUCGUGACUUUGUGGGAAGUUUGUGAUGCAAAAGUGGCCGUAGCGCACCUUAAUGCGCAAAAUAUCAGCGGAACUAUUUACUUUACUGAGAUCGAGAAUGGUGUAAAUGUGACAGGAUUCGUAACUGGUUUGGAUCCAGGGCUAUAUGGGUUUCACAUCCAUGAAUUGGGAGACACUAGCACUUGUUUAGCAACAGGAGCACAUUUUAAUCCAGAUGGUACAACUCAUGGUGGUAGAGAUAAUAAAGUACGUCAUGUUGGAGACCUCGGUAAUGUGCUUUUCGAAAAUAUUGAAGACAAGUCAUUGGCCACUGUCAAUUUCAUAGAUAAUGUCAUCACAUUACAUGGUCGUAAUAGUGUUCUAGGACGUGCACUGGUUCUUCACGGACAAGAAGAUGAUUUGGGUCUUGGAGGACACGAGACUUCGUUGACAACUGGUAACGCGGGCGAUCGUCUUGCUUGUGGAGUCAUUGGAAUAUUUUCACCAUCCGAACCGUGGAAUUCUAUAAAUUUAUCGUGCACAAAUUCGCCACUUAUUAAUCUAAUAAUGAGUGCUGUUAUUGCAUUGUUUUGUAUUAAAUAUGUUUAAAUGUUUUUGAGUACGCACUUGUCUAUUGUCUUGCCAGUAUUUUGCUAAUUCACGGGCUGGAGGGUACUUGCAGCAAGAGAUUUCCAACGUUAUUUCCAUACAACCAUGCCAUAAGUAAUUGUAAUCUUGCAUGCCACCUGAAAUUAAAAAAAAGUAUACCUAA